AUGGUGCUUCCGAUUAUUAUUGGUACCGUGGGUGCCACACUAGCAUAUUUCUCUGUCAAAGCAACCUUUCGUGCCGUCAAGGUGUAUCGAACCCUCACGCCCGCGAUGUUUGCCUCCUUGAACAACAUUCGCCUCCACAACUCUACCGGCUCUCACACUCACAAAGCGAUUCACGAUGAAAUGUUUAAACAGUUCCCCGGAGGAUUCGACCGACACAUGACUGAAACUGAAGCGUUUCUCAUUCUUGGGAUCACCGAGUCGGAGAUCCUCACCUUGAACGAGAAGUUUCUCAGUCAGAGACACAGAAAGUGUAUGAUGCUCAACCAUCCAGAUCGAGGCGGCAGUCCACUAUUGGCACAGAAAAUUAAUGAGGCUAAGGAUGUCUUGGACAAGAGCUAUCUCCUCAAGAGACGAUAG